AUGGCAGUUGUGAAGCAUUGCAGCCACAAACACCCCUUGUGCCAUGCAGAAGUGAAAGAGGAAGAUGGUUUCGUCUGCUCUGGUUGUGAGCUAGGCCUUUCAGGCUCAGCCUACAAGUGCACCAUCUCCAACUGUGAUUUCCUCCUCCAUGACUCAUGCUUCAAAUUAGCCCCAGUGAUUAAGCAGAAGUCCCACCCUCACCAUCCUCUCACCCUUCUCCCCUCCCCACCUUAUGAUGACAGUGGCUUCACUUGUGAGGCCUGUCUAUACUACGGCCAUGCUUUUGUAUACCACUGUGCCGCUUGCCAAUUUGACCUUCAUGUUCGCCAAUUAUCCAUGAAGGCACAAAAAAUUGCAUAUGUAGUGACCCACUGUGUCAUUGCCACGACUUGUAUAUAUAUAUAUACAGUUUCUCUGCAAGAGAUGAUUCAUUACAAGAUCACCCAAAGAGAGAAGAGGGAGAUGGCAAACUAUUUCAACCACCACCACCCCCCCUUACCUCAACAAGUGAUCCAACACAAGUCCCACCCAUGGCAUCCUCUGACCCUUCUCUCCACCCCACCUUACUAUGGGGGUGGAUUCACUUGUGAUGCUUGUCGACAUGGUGGCCAUGAUUUUACCUACCACUGCCCCACUUGCCACUAUGACCUUCAUGUUGGAUGUGCUUCUCUGCCUGAAACAGUGAUACGUGGAGAUCAUCAACACCCACUUACUCUCUUCUACUACGGAUACAAAGAGGAAGGCAACACCUUCAUCUGUGAUGUCUGCCAUGGCAAUGUCCCCGACGGCUGCUGGAUCUACUACUGCAAGAGCUGUGAUUAUGGGACUCAUUUGGGCUGCGCUACAGCUGAAGCAAGUCCAGUGGCAGAAGAAGAAGAAGAAGAAGGAACAGUAGAAUAUUCCAUGGCUGAAGCUGAAAGUCGAUUAAAACUGCUUCAACUUCAAAUGCAAUUGGCUCAACAAAAUGCAGAUAGUAUAAUUGAUGCAGCACGGAUGUUGUCCAGACUAACUUAAGAGGUUUUAAGCCUCUUUAUCAUUGUGAGUUAUUAUAUUUGGGUGGAUUUGUGGAUUUCUUUUAUGUUGUGUUCAGUUUGAAAUGACAUGUUGUGGUUGCAAUUUGUUUGGCUCUUCUUGUACUAGCUUUGUGCAUUCGAAUAAAAGUGUUGUAUUCAGAAGUCGAGAAGGGUGAAGGCAGUUAGCUAGCUUAGGAAAUGGACAGUUGGGUUCAUCAAUGAUAUUUAAUUAAAGAGUUCGA